UAGCAUGGCAGCGAUAUCGAUAUGAACAACGCCUGUUCGCCUAGACUGGGAACUGGGAAGGAUGGCAUAAAUUCGAAGCUUGACAUUGCUAUUGCUAUGACAUGGAUCGAAGAUCGUUCGUUGUUUUUACCCAUGCGGAAAGUGGAUGGUACCACUGAUUCAUGGAAGCUUCUUUUUCCAGAUGCAGCCGCUUCUUUCUUAUGGGAAGAUUUCGGUAGACCAGGAUUACUGGAAUUUUUAGUUGAAGGGACUGAUUCACUGAAAUCAUUGAAAUACAAUAUUGAUGAGAUUCUUGAACACCAACCAAAUCAUGCAGUAGGUCACACUGCUAGAGCGUUACGUGUUACGUUGAUUCUAAAGGAAGGCAAAAUGAACAUUGUUAGGAUCAGUGACUGGAUGCCAGAAAAUGAAACUUCUUCGAUAACAGGUAGAAGAGUCCAAACACCAUCACCACAACCUUCUGGAAAUGUCUCUCCACAACAGCAGUUGCCAUCCUCCACGGGUUGUAAAUUUCAUGUAGUUCUUGAGCUUGCUGGGCUUGGAACAUCUGUUACUGAACACACACCGAGGAGAUUUUAUACCUGUCAGUCCAGAAUCUUCUUUUAGCAUAUUCUACUGAUUUUAGCAGGUAAGACACUGUCUUUGAAUUGAUUUUUCAUUCUGUAGAAUGGUUUGUCAGUUACAAUCUUCAAUGUAGUUUCACAAAGUUGAGCA